AUGGAUGGGUUUGUGGAACCGCUGCGCAAGAGUGCGCAGAGCCUGAAGGAGCUGGCAGAUUACAUUGAGGGCGCCAGCUCCGAUCCUCUGGACCAAAGCAAGAAAUACGCUGUUGAUGCACUGGCUGCCGUCGCCUUUCAAGUCAACGGUGCAGCAAAGGGCUUGAGCCGACAACUUGACCAACAGCUGCUCAACUGCGAACAUGCCUCACUCUCCGUUUACUCCCUUGGAGAGCUGUGUGCAGCACAGGGCGGCCGCAAGGAGUUUUCCAAGUUUGCGCCCGCAAAGCGUGAGAAGCAGUUGCGCCCCAACUGGGGCAUCAGACCGCCACACACGGCUCCGCUGCAAGGCAACGGCUUCAUGCACAUGGGCAUCAACUACAACGCGCUGGAUGGGUUGGGCACGGGCGUGAAGGACGCCAUGAUGCAGCAACCGCCGCAACAGCAGCAGCGCCCGCCCAUGGGUGGCCCUCCUGUCAACGACUUCUUCUCUGCACCGCCGCAGCAACCGCAGGGCCAAGCAGCGCCGUCCAUGCCCAGCGCCGACUCCAUUUACGGCUCCCUGGAGAUCACGUCCCGUUCAACGGGCAUGGCACCAACAGAGAGCCUGUAUGAGGACUUUGGCUCCCUCUCUGUGCCGCAAGCACCCGUGUCCCCGGCCGCGCCCCAGGCACCAACCAUCCCCAGCAUCCCCACGACGCCAGCGACGCCAGCGACGCCAGCUGCACCACCCACACAACCAACACAGGCGCCACCGCCUCCGCCGUCUAUGCCUGGACCACCACCACCUCCACCAACAGCGCCCACCCAAGCACCGCCCCCGCCCCCACCAGGCGCACCCCCAUCCGUGCCCAUUUCCAAUGACCCGCUGUACACUGACAUUGACAAAGAUGAUACAAGCGACUCCAUGUAUGGAACAGUUGUGCCAUCCUCAGCAUCCAUGCCGCCACCACCACCGCCCCCUGCGCAGGGCGAUGACUCGGAUCACGUGUACGGCGUUGUCGCGCCGCUGUCGCAGCCACCUCCCCCGCCCACCGCCAAACCUCCCAGUGGGCCUCGCACCGUCAUCAGCAGAGCCAUUGUGCAGUACGACUACACUGCGACGGCGCCUGACGAGCUUGAUCUGGAGGAGGAGCAAGAGGUGGAGGUGCUGUUGAAGAAUGAGGACGGGUGGUUUCUUGGGCGCAUCGUUGGAACAGAGAAGGAGGGCGUGUUCCCAGGCAACUACGUGGAGGAAGUCGACGACUCAAACUGCUGA